UCCACAAAAGAUAAGAGUUCUGCUAAUCAUAGCUGCUUAUAAGCAGCUCAAUUCAAACUAAAAGCCAAGUGUCUCCACUGAAACUUGCUAACCACAGACAGCUUGAUCACCUUUCAGAAUGCUAUAUAAACUUUGCAAAAUGCAUCAAAUUUUGACAAGCUCAAUUUCCAAACCAACACUUAAAAUUCUCUCAACUUGAGAGGGUCUAAAGGGAGAGCUUCUCCAUCCCUUCCCUUUACCCCUGCAUCUCCAAAAUGGCCUUCAUUAGCCAUCAUUUCGACGUUGAGAUGGUUGUUGUCUUUGGCAUUCUAGGCAACAUUGUGUCGUUCUUCGUGUAUUUGGCUCCAUUACCUACAUUUCGGAGAAUUUACAAGAAAAAAUCAACAGAAGGGUUCCAAGCAAUACCAUAUGUUGUAGCACUGUUCAGUGCCAUGUUAACUCUGUAUUAUGGCUUGCUUAAGCCAGAUGGUGUUUUGCUAAUCACUAUUAACACAAUUGGAAUCCUCAUUGAAUCUGUGUAUAUCUUGCUCUUCAUGAUUUAUGCACCAAAGGAUGCCAAGAAAUUUACUGCAAAACUCCUUGUUCUGUUGAACGGAUUAUUAUUUGGAACAAUCAUAUUCACAACUCUGACAUUCUCCCAUGGGGCUGAGCGUAUCAGGAUUGUUGGAUGGACUUGUGCCGCGUUUUCAGUCUGUGUUUUCAUUGCUCCCCUCAGCAUUAUGAGGCUGGUUAUCAGAACAAAGAGUGUGGAGUUCAUGCCACUUUCACUGUCGUUUUUCCUAACUCUCUGCGCGGUAAUGUGGUUCUUCUAUGGUAUUUUUGCACAUGACUAUUUUGUCGCGACACCCAAUGUGCUAGGCUUUAGUUUCGGGAUUGUUCAGAUGGUACUCUACAUGAUCUACAAGGACAAGAACAAACACGGGAUUCUUCCUAUUGUGAGCAUUGACAUGGAGAUGCAGGUGGACAAGCAUGUAGUCCCUUCCACCGCGAAGAUUGGUUCAGAAUUUGCAGAGGAUGACCUCAAGAAAACCGCGAAAACUGGUUCAGAAAUGCCAGAGGAUGGCACAAAGAUGAAUGAACAGAAUGCUGAACCAGCUGAGCAUCAAGAAGUUGUGGUAUCAGUAGUUAUAAGUACUGAUCAUGAUGGUAAAGAGCCUCAGGUCCACUGCAACACUAUAUUAUCUGUGGAAUACUAAUAAUUUUCGAAAUCGAAUUGAAAAACAAAGAAGAACAUGGAAUCUAGAGGGCCAUUGAAGGAAGAACAGCAGCUGAAGCCCCUUGAUUUGUAAUGAAAUUUAAUGAAGUGUUGCUAGAAGGGGAAAUAAGAUAUAUGCAUUAAUAUUUCUUAUGCCAUUUUUAAACUAGUUAUUAAAUUUACAUGCAUGUUAAAUUGGUAAAAAGAAUAUUAAGCUAUUUUGGUUGUUUAAUUAGUUGUUACUAAUACUUAUCUUUCCAAUUAAUGAACUUACUUACCAUA